UGUCAUCUAGGCAUUUCUACUUUUCAAACGUUCCACAGAAUCAGUACCUAGAAGGCACCUCUGUCAAGAUGGGAGGCGGACCUGAUAAAGAGCAUGUCCUCAUUACUCUUGGGGAUCCCGAACCGAAGCACAUUACGGGCAUGCUGAAGCAGCAAUUCCCACAUUUCGACAUCACGUAUUUUCAAGUAUCGGGAGACACCGGACCCAAGACCGAGAAUGCUGGGAGUCAAGUACCUGAUGAUCUAUGGAGAUCAGCAACAAUCCUUCUAACUCUCUUCGUUCUCCCACCCAAACCGGAUCUUGUGCCAAACCUCAAGUUGAUCCAUCUCUUCUCGGCCGGCGUCGACCACUGGUCGAAUCACCCGAUCUUGAAAGACAGCGAGAUCACGAUCACGACGGUCUCGGGAAUCCACGGUCCCCCCAUCACCGAAUGGAUCAUCAUGACGACUCUCGUAGCCAGCCGCCAGUAUGCCACCGAGUAUGAGUGGCAGAAGCAGCAUUACUGGGGCCAGCGGGAGAAAAGAGACCUCGUCGGCACGGAUUGGGUGGGCAAAACGGUGGGCAUUGCUGGGUAUGGGAGUAUUGGACGACAAGGCGCUCGCGUCUUCUCUGCCCUAGGCGCAAACAUCCACGCUUACACCGCCUCCCCACGCACAAGUCCUGCCUCCCGCCGUGACAAUGGCUACUUCGUCCCUGGCACCGGCGAUCCGGACGGCAGCCUCCCUGUGGCAUGGUACAGUGGCACCUCCAAGACAUCUCUGCACACGUUUCUCUCGUCGGGCCUGGACGCGCUUAUCAUCGCUCUGCCUCUCACGCCGUCGACAAGGCGCCUGUUUGGAGCCGAGGAAUUUGCUCUGCUCGGGAGUGCUGGCGGCUCGGCCAAGUCCAAAACUACUGGAGGAGCGAAACCGUUCUUGAUCAACAUCGCCCGUGGCCCGAUUCUGGAUCAAAAGGCCUUGGUCGCGGCGCUGAAUGAUGAGGUUCUCGGCGGGGCGGCGCUGGAUGUGACGGACCCGGAACCCCUGCCUAAAGACGAUCCGUUGUGGAAUGCGAAGAAUGUGAUCAUCACGCCGCAUGUGAGUGCGUUGGGGAAGGAGUAUAUCGACCGCGCGUUUGAUUUGUUUGUGACGAAUUGGAAACGGCAUGAGCGUGGGGAGAGGAUGUUUAAUGUCGUGGAUCGGCGGAAGGGGUAUUAGUAGCAGGAUGAUUUUGUGUGGUGAGGCACUAGAUCUGAGAGGGAUGGUGGAUGUGUGCCGGAAGGGUAGGUAGGACGCAAAGAGAGUCGGCACACUGGGAUUCGACGAUCGUGGUGGCUGAUGGGGAUGGGAGAGGAGGUAGAGCUUCCCUUAUGUUCAUGCGGCAAAUGAAUCUCAAUAGACAUGAUCGGAUAAUGUUGGUCGCAACGGAAAGUCAGGUAUCCAAUACACGAGACACUAGGUUAUGUUGAGAGUAUCGCGUAGCAAAGAAACGAACAAGCUUAGCCGAC